ACGACUUCUUGAUUUGGAGUAAAACUGGUCUCUGUAGGUAUUGGGGUGGUAUUCCUUAUCGAUAAAACCCGUCGGGCACAGACAGGCAGGUCGACAGUAGACAGCAAGCCAAAAUGAUUGGUUUGACUUGAUUUGAUAAGGCAUGUAAGCUGCUCUAAGCUUGCUCCAAGCUGCUACAUCCCACCAACCCACUAACAACAGUGCACUAACUUCACACAUCGCAAACGUCAUUUUAAAUGGUACAAGUCUAAGCUUUCCCUCACGAUUGUUUGGAGUUGUUUGCUUCUUUAACUCCAAACCAUCUUCUCAAAGAAGUAUGGCGUCUCCAGAUCUGGUGGAAGCUAUUCAAAAGCUUCGCAUCAGCGACGAUACCAACAUAGACGAUAUCCUCUUCCAACAAGGCCCCCGCAAGAGAUUCAAACAAGAUCCAACCGUGUUGAAAGCAGAGCUCGAACAGAAAUUUCUAACUCCCUCCAACAAAUUCUCUACAGAGUGGCUCAACAGACUCCAGCAAAGAUGGGACAGUCCGACAGAUCUUACCGAGUUGUUCCGUAUUGCGCCUACUCAGACUCGAACCGUCACACGUUUCCAACGUCAAGGUCUCGAAGGUCGAGUGACCGGGUAUCAGAAUGUGACCGUACCGGCAAACAGCGCCACGGCCAAAAACUCGACUUCUCUUAUGCGUAAACCUGGAAGUCGUGCUGAAUUUGUGCGUGGAGCUGCUGGCUUCUUCCCAUUCGCACCCGGUGGACUGGAAGGUGUUGAAGCAACCGCUGCUCUUGAAGAUCAGCUGUCACGUCCCGGCGCUACCGGUACUCAGAAUAAGCUGGAACGUGUUAUCAAAUUGGGUACCGAGGGUGGUCUUCUCCAAGUAGCCCCGGGUAUGGAGAGGGGAAUUGAUUUCAGCAAAAAGAAAUCCAAGGUCGACGAGAAAGAAGCAAAGGCAAUCGAAGCUGAGCUUAAUCAAGAGCCUGACCAAGGACCCGAAACUGAAGAUACCAACGGGCAUGCAGACACCAACGGUAUCGAAGAGGAGGCCGAUGAGGAAGAUUCCGAGGACAUUGACACACUACUUCCUGUCGAGUUCCCAGCUUUGGAACCGCAUGGUAACCUUGCAUCAGCGAAGGCAAGGAAAGCUGGCCGAGAAUGGGCGCAUAUGGUGGAUAUCAACCGUGAUAUUACCAAUUUCAGAGAGCUUGUUCCCGACAUGGCCAGAGAGUGGCCAUUCGAACUUGACACGUUCCAGAAGGAAGCCAUCUAUCAUCUCGAAGGUGGUGAUUCCGUGUUUGUUGCAGCGCAUACGUCGGCCGGCAAGACAGUGGUAGCUGAAUAUGCCAUUGCAUUAGCUGCAAAACAUAUGACCAAAGCCAUUUACACCUCGCCUAUAAAAGCUCUGAGCAACCAGAAAUUCCGCGAUUUCCGACAGACUUUUGACGAAGUUGGCAUCUUAACAGGAGAUGUUCAGAUCAAUCCUGAAGCGAGCUGUUUGAUUAUGACUACAGAGAUUCUCAGAAGUAUGUUGUACAGAGGUGCCGAUUUAAUUCGAGAUGUCGAGUUUGUCAUUUUUGACGAGGUUCACUACGUGAAUGAUUUCGAGCGUGGUGUAGUCUGGGAGGAAGUCAUCAUUAUGCUUCCAGAGCAUGUUUCGCUAAUUCUAUUAUCUGCAACUGUCCCAAAUACGUACGAAUUUGCCUCCUGGGUUGGUAGGACCAAGAAGAAGGAUAUAUACGUCAUUUCGACACCAAAGCGGCCUGUGCCCUUAGAACACUAUCUGUGGGCUGGCAAGAAUAUCCACAAGAUUGUUGAUCAUGAAAAGAAAUUCCUCGAGAAGGGAUGGAAAGAAGCGGACCAGGCGUUACGCGGAAAAGAUAAAGUUCUCCCGGCUCCAGCUGCUCGCGGUGGAGGUAAUCAACGAGGCAACCAAAGGGGAGGGCCUCAACGCGGCGGCCAACAACGUGGUGGCCAGCGUGGCGGAGGACAGCAAAGAGGCAGAGGAGGCCCCCAGAGAGCUAGUCAUGCGCCUGGCCAUAUGGGUCGAGCUGGGCGGCCAGGAGGCUUUUCAUCUGCCAACCAGGACAAGAAUCUCUGGGUUCACCUUGUGCAAUUCUUAAAGAAGUCAAAUCUGCUCCCCGCAUGUAUAUUUGUCUUCUCCAAGAAGAGGUGCGAGGAAAAUGCAGAUGCAUUAAGCAACCAGGACUUCACAACUGCUCAGGAGAAAAGCCACAUCCACAUGAUCAUUCAGAAGUCGAUAGCACGUUUACGACCAGAAGAUCGAGUUUUACCUCAGAUUAUUCGCCUGCGAGAGCUCUUAAGUCGAGGUAUUGCUGUGCAUCAUGGCGGUCUCUUACCGAUUGUCAAGGAAAUUGUCGAGAUCCUAUUUGCCCAGACCUUGGUCAAGGUACUCUUUGCGACAGAGACUUUUGCCAUGGGUCUGAAUCUUCCAACCAGGACUGUAGUGUUUUCCGGUUAUCGAAAGCACGAUGGUCAUUCUUUUCGAAAUCUCCUUCCGGGCGAAUACACCCAAAUGGCUGGCAGAGCUGGUCGUCGUGGACUUGAUCCUGUUGGGUCUGUCAUUAUCGUCCCUCCUGGCAGCAUGGACGAAGCGCCACCCGUAGCUGACCUUCAGAAAAUGAUACUAGAUCCGCCUAGCAAGCUGAGAUCCCAGUUCAGGUUGACCUACAAUAUGAUUCUAAACCUGCUAAGAGUAGAGGCGUUGAAGAUCGAAGAAAUGAUUAAGCGCAGCUUCUCCGAGCACGCCACUCAACAGCUACUUCCAGAACAUGAGAAAGCUGUUAAGCUAUCAGAAGCUGAUUUAGCUAAAGUCAAACGAGAGGCGUGUAAAAUUUGCGACCCGUCUUUAGAUGAAUGUCACCAGGCAUCGAUGAACUACAAGCAACUAACGCAGGAGCUGUAUAAGGGUCUUGCGUCCAUUCCUAUUGGAAAGAAAUUUUUUGCAUCCUCAAGGCUUGUUGUUUGGAAUAGAGAUGGUGUACGAACUCCAGGAAUCCUCCUGUCAAACGGCGUUAGCACGAAGAACUCAGCGGGUCAACCUACCGUCCAUGUCUUCGAGAUCAAGACUAACCGUGAGAACCGCGACUCGACCGAUUUACUACCUUUCGUUGAUACGUUCCGACAGUUAUAUACGCCCUUCCCACGAAACAAGAAAUCCAUCGUCGGAAAAGCCGUUCAUGUGCCACUUAGCGAUAUUGAGUGCCUAACGGGAAAGCUAACCACCGGGAUUGUACCCGACUACUUCGAGCGAGGAGAUUUGCGUCGGAAGGCGGAAGAACGUAUGUUAAAUAUUUGCAAGACCUGGGAGACCGAUAUGUGGAACGAGAUCAGCUUUGCGAAGAUCAAAAGCCUACAGUUGCAGGAAAUCAUCGAGAAGCGCCGAAAGGAAGAAGUAACUAUCAAAAAUUCCGCUACAACUUAUUGUCAGAACUUUUUGAAGCACUACGCCAUGUGCCAUGAUCAAUGGCUUAUCAAGGAGCACAUUUCAUCCCUCCGCUCGUCUCUCGCAGAUCAAAACCUGCAAUUACUUCCAGACUACGAACAGCGUAUCCAGGUCUUGGAAGAUCUCUCUUUCAUUGAUUCCGAUACCCGGAUUCUACUCAAGGGCAAGGUUGCCUGUGAGAUCCACUCGGCUGAUGAACUUGUUCUUACCGAACUCAUCCUUGACAAUGUACUCGCGGACUACGAACCAGCAGAAAUAGCCGCUCUUCUCUCCGCUUUCGUAUUCCAGGAGAAGACAGAAUCAGUACCUAAUCUUACAGGAAAUCUAGAGCGCGGUAUGAAGACAAUCAUUGAAAUCAGCGAGAAGGUCAAUACCGUGCAAACGGAACACCAAGUCAUACAGAGCGCAGAGGAUAGCAACGACUUCGUAUCGCGCCCCCGCUUCGGCCUCAUGGAAGUCGUGUACGAGUGGGCGCGCGGCAUGAGCUUCAAAAACAUCACGGACCUGACGGACGUGCUCGAGGGCACUAUCGUACGCACCAUCACGCGGCUGGACGAGACCUGCCGCGAGGUCAAAAACGCGGCUAGGAUCAUCGGCGACCCCGAGCUGUAUCAGAAGAUGCAGACUGCGCAGGAGAUGAUCAAGAGAGAUAUCACCGCCGUUGCUAGCUUGUACAUGUAGUUAUUCCAUCGCCUGUCUGGAGGAAGGGGAACGGGGGACCUUGGCAUGUAGGCGUCAGACAAUCGGCUCAAAGUGUGUAUAGGUACUUGAUGUUGCUAUAGUAUUUACAAAAGGUAAUGGGGUAUGACCGAUACGACGGCUAUGAAUGAUCCUUAUAUGAAAUGGAAUUAUCCGUCUACUCAAUGGUUUGUGUGUUUCAAGUGACUGUGGAAUAAUUGAUGUUACUAUGCA